AUGGCUGACAAAGUACCCAUUUGCCUGCUUCGGGUGAAAGCUGACUGUUCAAGGAAUUUCGAUAUUUCAAUCCAAGGCCAGCCUGCUGGACGUAUAGUCUUCGAACUAUACGACGACAUCGUGCCCCGGACAGCCAAGAACUUCCGCGAGUUGGCGACUAGUCAACAUGGAUUCGGUUACGCGGGCAGCACCUUUCAUCGCAUCAUCCCCAAAUUCAUGAUACAGGGCGGCGAUUUCACAGCGCAUAAUGGGACCGGCGGCUACUCGAUUUAUGGACGCGGGGACUUUCACCCUUCAGACGAAAACUUCCGAUGCUCUCACUCAGAGUCUGGUCUUCUUUCGAUGGCUAACUCUGGGCCUAAUACAAAUGGAUCACAGUUUUUCAUUACCACAGUCGCAACGAGAUGGUUGGAUGGGCGCCAUGUCGUGUUUGGGGAAGUUGUUGAGGGUAUGGAUAUCGUCAAGUUGAUUGAAUUGCAAGGCUCAAGCAGUGGCCAUCCGGUUCGUCGGGUCACGAUAACUCAGUGUGGAACCAUUUAG